AUGUCGACCAAGCCAGACUGUUAUGCGCAAUUCAUGCCUUUUCCAAGCAGAAGAAGCACUGUUCACAGUACUAAUGGAAUAGUCUCGUGCACUCAACCGCUUGCUGCAAAUGCAGGUGUCCAAAUCUUGAUGAAGGGCGGAAAUGCAGCAGAUGCUGCAGUCGCAGUGGCUGCUGCUUUGAACGUCACCGAGCCUUGCUCAACAGGAAUUGGCGGCGAUAUGUUCUGCUUAUUCUCUGAGGCAAAGACCAAGAGGAUCCGCGCCCUUAACGGUUCUGGACGCUAUCCCAUGGGUGCUACGGUUGACCAGAUUCGGCAUGAUCUCAACGUAUCUUCAAAAUAUAGAGGCUCGAUUCCUCUUGACAGUGCGUUGUCUAUAACCACACCAGGCGCCGCUGCUGGGUGGGUUGACACGCUAGAAAAAUUCGGGAGUGGAAAACUGUCAUUAGGACAGGUUUUGGAGCCUGCCAUCAAACUAGCAGAAGAGGGUUUUCCGUCAGAAAGCAGUACUGACAAAGGUCUCUCAAAGUGGAAAUUAAACGAAGAUAUGAUCCGAAAAGCCUCUCCCAACUUCCGUGAAAUGCUGAAGCCGGACCCUGCGGCAAAAGACGGGGUAAGAUUCCCUAGUCCAGGAGAAAUAAUCAGAAAUCCGAAUCUUGCUCAAACGUUUCGCAAAUUGGCUACAGAAGGAAAGAAGGGAUUCUAUGAGGGAAGAGUUGCCGAAGAAAUGGUAAAGGUGGUGCAGGAUCUUGGUGGUUAUCUCUCCCUUGAAGACUUAAAGAAGCACGCGGAGACUGGAAGCCAACUGGUUAAUCCAAUUUCACUGAAGCUGAACCCGAAGUGCUUCCGCGAUAUUCAGGCUGAGAGUGAUGAGAUCGUCCAAGUCUGGGAGCAUCCUCCUAAUGGCCAAGGAAUUGUUGCUCUUAUAGCUCUGGGCAUUCUUGAGGAGCUGCAACACACCGGAAAUCUCCCAAAGUUCCAAUCACAACAUCACAACAGUACGGAAUAUCUGCACGCUAUAAUCGAAAGCCUGAGAAUUGCGUUCGCGGAUGCGAGCUGGUGGGUGACUGAUCCAGACGUGGUCAAGGUUCCUGUCCAAGAAAUGCUCACUCGCUCCUAUCUUUCUGAGCGUGCCAAACAUUUCGAUCCAGGAAGAGCUUCCUCUCUCUAUACCCACGGCAGCCCAGCUCAUAAUCACUGCGACACUGUCUAUUUUGCAGUUACCGACAAAGACGGUAACGGGGCAUCCUUUAUAAACAGCAACUAUGAAGACUUUGGCUCAUGCAUUAUCCCAAAGCAGUGCGGUUUCACAUUACAAAAUCGUGGGUCGAACUUCAGACUUGACGACGGUCAUCCUAACAUCCUUGCACCGGGAAAACGACCUUAUCAUACCAUAAUUCCUGCGAUGGUAACAAACCAGGAUGGAUCAUUACAUUCCGUUUUCGGAGUGAUGGGGGGCUUCAUGCAACCCCAAGGGCAUGUGCAGGUUCUCCUUAAUAUGUUGGUAUUCAACCUUAGCCCCCAAGCGGCCAUUGAUGCCCCUCGGAUAUGCAUUGGGCCUACAUCAAGCGAGGAAGGUAGUCCGACAAUCUUUGUGGAAGAGGGAAUUGAACAGCGGACUAUUGAUGGUCUGACUCAUCUCGGACACAAUAUUGUCGUAUUGAAAGGUCACGGCAGAUCAGUUUUUGGUCGCGGUCAACUAAUUCGAUGCCGCCUUGUUGAUGGAAAAAUUAUAUUCAGCGCAGGGAGCGAUCCCCGCGGCGACGGGCAGGCAAUUCCGGUUUAG